CUCACACACACACAAACGCACACACACACACACAUGCAGCACACGUGUGGCUUCCUCUUCACGCAGCGCAGGAGAGAUCUGAAGUGGAUUGAACCUAUCAGCAGCAGCCUUCAGGAGAUAUCUCCAUCUGGACUGUUAACUGCCGCCUCCUUCAAGCCUAACGUCUGGCCUCUGUGAUGUCCAGUGUUUUUUUGGAUUAGACUGCGGUUGACUGUACAGCGCAGUUGUUUGUUUGCUGAUCACUGUUGAACCGGUUCAUGGGGAAGGAGCGAGCGACUGUUGGGAUACGGAUUGAGUAACAAAAACAAAGGGAGAAAGAGAAAGCAAAAGAGCCGAGGAGGGACAGUAGCGAGGGAUGAAAUAUCUGAUGCUUGCUGAGAUAAAGAGGGUCAGAGUUUGGGAUAGAGAUGAGAGUGAGAUGAAGGGAUUUGUUUGGCACUAGAGAUACAGAGGGAGGGUGGAAGAAAAGAGAGAGAGAGAGAGCGAGAGAGCAGUGGGAGGGAGGAGAGACAGAGGAUCCAGCCCUCUGGGACAGCAGUGUGUGUUUUGGGGGUGGACAGAGUGGCUUUGUAUGCAGAACAUCACCGGACACCAGCGGGAGGGACGCUGUCAGUUGUUCUCUGUGUGUGUCUGUAGUGAAACCAGACCUACCUCUGCUCCAUCCCAGCGCCACACACACUCCUCCAUCUGCUGCCCAGGAGCCUGCCUUCUGCUCCCCCUGGACUGAACCACCCCCCCGCCUCCCUCCCACCCACCCCCCCACCCACCCCCACCUCCUCUGAGAGUGUGUGCGUGAAUGUGUGUUGGAGUCCUGAAGAGCUGAUUCUCGGAGGUCAGGAGCGACGAGCUGUGAUGUGGAACUUGUGGGAUUAAACUUUCCGGAGGCUCGGCAGUGACGGCGAUGGACUGGAGCCAGGAGACGGGGAGAAGAGACUCCUGAGUCCGUGAGCGGAGGAUCCCAGAGGAAGAUCCGCAAGCUCCAUUAAGACCACCCAUCCUCCCUUCGCCCGCUUGUUCCCUCUGUGUUUCUGCGUCUAGAGACCUUGUGUGGUGACCUGAGUGUGUGAGCAGCCCAUGUGGGCGGUGAGGGAUGCGGAUCUGAGCAAACUCCGCGCCCCGAUGCCAGCUGCUAUGCUCCCGUGCCCUGCGCCGGCCGGGUCUGACUGGAGCUUCCAGAACCCGGUGGGGGUGGACUGCAGCUCCCCUGAACCCCGCUGCAUCUGGCUGGCGGUGCUCCGCGGUACCACAGGGCCCGCGCCGCCACCAUCCCCACCAGCCGCCAUGCCCACUGGGCACAGCAAGAGCUCCCAUCAGCCCAGGGCUAAGGGGCGGAGGGAUGGUCUCUCCUCAGCCGGUGACAACCCUCGGCCGCCGAUGGCGACCCGGUCGGGAAGGGAGGGGGGCGGCGUGGGCUGGAAGGGUCCCCGGACGCUGGUCCUCCAUAAGAACUCCCAGGGUUUCGGUUUCACGCUACGCCACUUCAUCGUUUACCCUCCAGAGUCCGCCCUGCACACCAACCUCAAGGAUGAGGAGAAUGGUAACGGGAAGGGGUACCAGAAAGGUCGCCUGGAGCCGAUGGACACCAUAUUUGUGAAGAAUGUGAGAGAAAAAGGUCCGGCCCACCAGGCGGGCUUGUGCACAGGGGAUCGGCUGGUGAAAGUGAACGGAGAGAGUGUUCUGGGGAAGACGUACUCGCAGGUGAUCGCCCUCAUUCAGAACAGCGAGAGUGUGCUGGAGCUCUCCAUAAUGCCAAAAGAUGAAGACGUGCUUCAGUUGGUAAGUGCAUAUUCCCAGGAUGCCUACCUGACAGGCAACGAACCCUACUCAGGGGGAGCUGAGAACCUCCCACCACCACCUCCCCUCUGUUACUCACGCACCAAGACCACACCCCCCGCUGGAGCCCCUCCGUCUGCCCCCAUGGGCCAGAACCAGCUGGAUAACUGGAGUCGCUGGCCAGGCUCUUCCAGCCCUUCUUCACCCCUGGAUAACCGCUCUGCUGUGGGCAGCCCCGCCAGCUGGCAGGAGGGGCGCGCAGGAGAGCCAGGAGGAGUGGGUCACACCAGCCCGGCCCAUCGCACAGAGGAGAUCCAGUACGGUAUGACCAGCCAGCAGCCUCAGGGCCAGACCAGGGGGCGCUCCUACUCCUCCUCUUCCUCGUCAGGAGGCCCCUUGUCCAGCCCGCUCCAAGUCCACUACCCCAACCACCACGCCAGUUCCUCGCAGUCCCAGCCACGAAAGUCCAGCUCGGCCUGGACCAGUCCUCCCCCGCCCCAGCUCAGCCACGGCCGCACCGAGCGCUGCCAGCAGGCCCUCUCCGACUGGUACUAUAGCCAGCUGCCUGAGCACUCAGGACGCUGCAUGCAGACCCGCCACCGCAGCUACUCUCAGGACCGGCUCAGCGAAACAAGGAGGCAGCAGCAGCGGACGGGUGGCUGGCCACACAGCGCCUCCCAGGACACGCUGCUUUUAUUGCAGCAGUCAGGACCAGGACCUCAUGGAGAGCCCUGCUGGUCGUAUGCAGACUUGGAGGGGGGCCCAGGUAGGGGCCACCCCGCCUCUAACUAUACCCGAACUCGCUCUGAAAACCUUCUGGCCCAGUACGAUCGUCACGGCCGCUCGUUAGAGAUGCUGGACCGAGCCGCAGGUGGACUGGUCUCACCUCGGUUUGAGAGGCCUUCAUGGCUCCAGCAGGCUCCCCAGCCGCCCCCCAGGACUGACGCCUACCCAAGGCAGGGGAGCCAUUACGGUGCAGCACAAGCUCCUCCGAUGUCCCGACACACACAGUCACAUUCGAAACACCACCCGCAGCCCCACACCCAGGCCCACUCCCAGACCCAGACCCAGGCCCAGCAGGCUGCCCCCCAGACCAGGCGGCUUCCCCCUGGGCAGAGCAUGGACGACCAGCCGGUGGGCUACCGCAGCUACAGCCCCUCUUUUUACCGCAAGACGGGCCGCAUCAUGCAGCAAGCCCACUCUUUCAGGGACCCUUCGUACUCUGGCCCUCACUUGAACUGGAACCCGACGCCUAAAACAAGCCCCCCAGAGGUCUCAGCGGCACCCCUCACCUCCUCCACCGCAUCUCCCCUCGCCUCCGCCACACCCGAAUCCCAGGACAGAGCGUACAGGCCAACAAACCACGAGAGGGAACGAGGUUCAGUGGAGGGGCAGCCGGAGGUGGCGCCGCAGACCCAAGAAGUGGUGCUGAGGCAGAAACCUCCCACCGGUCGGAGGAACGCCCACGGGCUGCGUCAUCCCCACUACGCGCUGCCCAUGGACGGGCUAGAACCCUCUUUGUUUUCUUCUGAUCCCCAGGACUCAGCCCCUGCCUCUGGCUCCACAGGAGAUGUAGCCUCACGCAAACCAAACGGCAACCUCGCCCCCCUCCCCAUAGAGGAUGACUCUCUGGCAUCCAUCCCCUUCAUUGAUGAGCCGACCAGCCCCGGCGCUGAUUUGCGUGCCCGCCACGUGCCGGCGUCCUCCGUGGUGUCCAGCGGCAUGAGUUCGGCGCCCGCUGUUGCCGCCAGCCCCGCCUCCCCCACCUUCCACUUCCCCCUCACUAGGCUCUUCUCACACGACUGCAGCAGUAUUAAAUCCAGUCGCCGUUCCUCCUAUCUUCUAGCCAUCACCACCGAGCGCUCCAAGUCAUGUGACGAAGGACUCAACACGUUCAGAGAGGAAGGCCGGGUGUUCUCGAGGCUUCCAAAGAGAGUGAAGAGUUUCUUCACUGACGGGUCUCUGGACAACCUUGGGACGGCAGAGGAGGUUCGAUCUAAACGCCACUCCACUUCAGAGCUGGGAAACAUCACUUACAGCGAUGUGCGGCGAGAAGGAUGGCUGCACUUCAAACAGAUCCUCACGGAGAAGGGCAAGAAGGUGGGCAGCGGCAUGCGUCCGUGGAAGCGAGUCUUUUCGGUGCUUCGCUCCCAUUCGCUGUUCCUCUACAAGGAUAAGAGGGAGGCGGUGCUUCGCGGGGCCACGAUCGGCGGCGCAGCGGAGGACGAGCAGCCGAUCAGCAUCCGGGGCUGCCUGGUGGACAUCGCGUACAGUGAGACCAAACGAAAGCACGCCCUGCGACUGACCACGCAGGACUUCUGUGAGUACCUGCUGCAGGCGGAGGACCGGGAGGACAUGCUGGACUGGAUAAAGGUCAUCAGGGAGAACAGCAAGACGGACAGCGAGGAGCUCGGCUUCUCCAGACAGGCCCUCAUCAAUAAGAAACUGAAUGAUUACAGAAAACAAAGUCCAACAGGCAGCAAGCCCGACUCCUCUCCCAGGAUGCCCCGCAUGAAGCCUCCCUUCCUGCUCGCCAAGACGGACAACGCCGCUGGAGCGCCACGCUCCCCGAAACCAGAGGGCAAAGAUGAGAGCAGCCCGCCCAAGUCUCCGUGGGGGAUCAACAUCAUGAAGAAGGCAAAGAAGGCCGGGCCCAAAGCUUUCGGUGUGAGGUUGGAGGAAUGUCAGCCGGGAGCAAACAACAAGUUCAUCCCGAUGAUCGUGGAGAUCUGCUGCGGUCUGGUGGAGGACAUGGGUCUGGAAUACACCGGGAUCUACAGGGUUCCCGGGAAUAACGCCAUGGUGUCGAUGCUUCAGGACCAGCUCAACAAGGGCGUCGACAUCAACCCAGCAGAGGAGAAGUGGCAGGACCUCAACGUCGUCAGCAGCUUACUCAAAUCCUUCUUCAGGAAACUCCCAGAGCCGCUCUUCACCAACGACAAGUACAACGACUUCAUUGAUGCCAAUCGAAUGGAAAACGCAUCAGACAGAUUAAAGACCAUGAAGAAACUGAUCCGAGACCUCCCAGAUCAUUAUUACCACACACUGAAGUUCCUGGUUGGACACCUGAAGACUGUAGCAGACCACUCGGAUAAAAACAAGAUGGAGCCUCGUAACCUGGCUCUGGUGUUUGGGCCGACUCUGGUCCGGACGUCCGAGGACAACAUGAAAGACAUGGUCACACACAUGCCUGACCGCUACAAGAUAGUAGAGACGCUCAUCCAGCAUUACACUUGGUUUUUCACUGAAGAGCUCGACAAGGAUGAAAAGACGCCGGUGGACACGGAGGACGUACAGCCCGCCCCCAACAUCGACCACCUGCUGUCCAACAUCGGCAGGACCGCUCUGCUCGGGGAGGCCUCAGACUCAACCAACAGUGACUCGGCUAAAUCAAAGGGGUCGUGGGGGUCAAAGAAGGACCUCACAGCCAAGGACUUCCUGACUCUGUCCAUCAUGUCAGCUGUGACGGGCCGCAAACGCAGAAAGCGCCACAACGCCCGCCGCGUGGGCAGCAGCACUGACGACGACUCAGAGCACGAGCCAAUCAAAGCCGGACAUCUAGGGGCAGAGGAGGAAGAGGAGGCAGAGUCACCUGUAGGAGACACUGCUCCUCGAGCGGAGGGAGAGGAGGAUGACGAUGAAGAGGAAGAAGAAGAAGAAGAGGAAGAUGAGGAAGUUGUAGAAAGCGGAGCGAAAGAGGAGGUAGAAGAGGAGGCGGUGGCGGUUAUUCCCAGUCGGCCGUGCUGUAAAGAGGAAGAAGAGGCAGGAGGAAGGCAGGCAGCGAUGUUGCUGCAGGAGGAGGAGGCUCGGGCGGAGGUGAAGGGGCCGCCGUGGCGGGCGCCAGAGGAUGCGCGCUCUAUCGUUUCUGGUUACUCCACCCUCUCCACGUUAGGGCGCAGCCUGGGGUCAGAGGGGAGGGGGGACGACGCCGAUGACGAGCACAGCGAGCUGGUGAGCGAGACGGACAAUGAGAGCGGCUUCGCCUCGCGCUCCCUCACCCAGGAGAGACCCAACAAACACCCAACUAGCCCCGUGAACACACAGCCGCCAGCAGCCCCGCGCAGCUUCCUCUACACACACUACAAACCCCCAGUUCUCUCACCCACAAACCUGCUCGCCCCGCCCACACCCCUCACACACACACCAGACUCUGCAGAGAGGAGUGAGGGAGGAGCGCGCUCCACCACGCCCUCGUCCUCCUCCUUCUCCUCCUCCUCCACCACUCACAGACUGCACUCACGGCCUUCCUUCAACUCCCACAAGCUGAUCCAGUGUGACACUCUGGCCAGGAAGAAGCUGAAGUCAGAGAAGACCAAGGCUCGCUCCCUGGACCUGUUGGAGCUGCCUGGGACCACAGCUCAGGGUGACGAGGCUGGCUCUGGGUCAGACGGUGCGCCCAGGGUGAGGAGGGAGACCUCCAGAACCAACCCCUCCUCAGGCAGCAGCCAGGAGAGCCUGCGCCUGACACGGCCCAAACCCGCUCUGCCACCCAGCGAGGCCGCCUCCUUCACCCCGACCGGCCCGGGCGGCAGGUCUCUGGCCGAGCAGGUUCGCGCUCGACUGCUGGGCUCGGCCGACGACCUGCGGAGCGUUGGGCUGCGAAAACCGCUGUCGCCUGAGACGCGAAGGAAGAGGCGGGCCUGGCGCAGACACACCGUGGUGGCCUCCCCGACUGAGACGUCCGAAAAGAGACCCCCACUGACUGUCAACGAGUUCCCCUUGUCUCCUUUCAAACAGAACCAGGUCAAAACACCAGGGCUGCCUCGGGAUGCAGAUGGCCUCGAACAAGGACCGGCCACACGUCAAGCACCCACCUCUAGAUUCCACCAGUACCUGUGAGGCCUGCCAGCUGACCCCAACCUCCACAAAGAGGCUGAACCUGCUGACUCUGAGGGGGGGUCUGGCCAAGCUGCUGACCCCCUGCAGAGUUGACUGGCAGCAGCGUAAACAGGGUUGUGGUUAGUUGCCAGGUGCAACACAGGGUACCAAUGAAUUGAGUCUUUAAGAGCAGCCCACCCUUUUAUUUUUGAUGAGCUCCGUUUGCAUGGCAAGGGGCAUUCCAGUGUUGCCAAAGCUUUUGUUUUUUCUUUUUCCUAUAUGUGUGCUUUUAUAGAAAUAAUACAGGAACAGGACAGAGACACAAACAGACCUCAUCACAAUCAAUGUUACAGCCAAGAAUUCUCAUUCGAAUAAUAACCCGAGCAUCCUUUCCGUCUUCUCUCUCUUCCGGCCUGGCUCACAGACGAUUUAAGUCAAAGGGUUAAAUCCCUUUAAGUGACCGGAGGAGGAGGCCGACAUGCAGCCUUCCUCUGGUUCUUCAGAGAAUGGUGCUUCUUAACAAAGUGGAAUUAAAUUUCUCCAAACCUACUUCAGUGAGCCAGAGGAGACAGAAAAUCUAAUAGUCAGGUUGAAACCAUUUCUCAACUGAUUUUUCAUCAGUCUUCCUAAUCCUCAGACCACAGACACUGUAAGACUCAUUUAUACUCCAGACAUCAGACACAUUAGGAUCACAGACACACAAUACAGUCGUCUCUCUCUCUACUUGUUAAUACUGUUAAUGUGUUUUUUGCGCAACAAUAUUCGUGAUAAUGUCCGAGCGUGCAGGUGUUUUGUGUUGAACAAUUUUGUAACAUUUGUACAAAGCCUUGUUAAGUUAACCUUGUAAAUAUAAAUAUUAUGUUAUCAUAUUUGUUUUUACUUUUUUAGUUCUUUUUUAUGGUUUACAAAAAGUGCGUACAAGUGCACAGUCAUUUCCUUCAAGAUGUUACUUGAAAUGUUUCCCUUAAUAUAUUCUUUUUUGUUUUAUAUUCUCUCUCUCAAUAUAUAUAUAUAUAUUAUAUAUAUUAUAUAUAUUUUGUAUUAAAGUAAAAAAGUACUUUUAUUGUGAUUUCACCUCUUGGGUGUACCUGUUCAAAGGAGACAAGAUAAACAUGACUAACCCUGUUCCUUAUUUCCUCAUAGAUGGCCUUUCUCUCUGAUUCUCAGCACUGUGCAGAAAAAAAAAAAGUUAUCUCAUGAGAUUUUGUUAUAAAUAAGUUUAUCUGGUUACUAUACAUUCAGUAAUGUUGCAUCAACAUGUAGCAAGAUUAAAAAAAAAAAAAGUAAUUUGGUAAUUAUUACAUUAUAUUGGACAGUUUGCAGGCAGCUCAGCACCACACUGUGAUCGCUGACCUCAUCAUUUGUUUUCUUAUUCAUGUCUGGGAUUACUGAGCAAUGCCUUCACAGAUCUGCUCAUAUUUACUGAGCUCAAGAUGAAGUAUGUCCCCUCUUGUAAUAAAAGACAGAGGAGAAGCCUGAAAGUGUUUAACAUACAGUAAAAAUACGGUGUUGUGCAUACAAACGGCUACAUUUUCACUUUGAGCGAUCACGUGUUUUCUUCGCACCCCCUCUGAGGGCUCAUCUGUCUGCAUAUUUAUUACCUUGAGGUUACGUGACCAGGAGUUUUCCAUAAAGUCAGGCUCUAAUAAAUCCUCCCUGACAGGAGGAAAUGGUACAUUAUAGGAAAUGAAUACAGAAUACCCGCUAACAAUCUAUUGUUUUUAUCUCUCGUUCUUACCGUGGAGCCAAUUUGCCAACAGAAAAUAACAAACAGGAGUUGCAACUUCCCUCAAGUCAUGAGAGACUCGCUUGUUUUCAUCUGACCAAAAAAAAAACCCCUGUGAAAAAUAAUGAUGAUAAUAAUAAUAGAUGAUAAGUUCUAGUCUUGUCUUACCUCAAGAGUUUUUCUACAAGUGCCUGAUUUCUGGAAUGUGUUUUUGUUCUGCAGUGCCAUGCUCGGUUCUUAUCUUUCUGUUUCCUUUUGUUGUUUCUGGGUCUCCUCCCUCCUUCUCCUGUGGUUGAUGGUAUAACUAAGGCACUGACCCAAAGAUGUGUACAUUCAAUACAAGCGGUCUAACUGAGAGGCUGUAAAAAAAAUUAAUAAAAAGAAGCACACUUCAAGCCAAGGACAUGUCUAUGCACUCUCUUUGCCUUUAAAACAGGCAUUAACAGCUGUUACUGAUGCUGCUAAGAGGGAAGAGGCAUAGUAUUCUCUCAGCUGCUUUUUUCUUAACAAACUGAGGCCAUCUCUCUUUGCCUAGUGAUCCACAGUGUGUGAAUAUGGUACACCUAACAAGCCCUACCCUAAAACCGCAUUAGGUCAUGCCAGACAACAUCCCAUUUCCUCAAAAUGAACCAACAGCCCACGACUUCAUCAGAAGGAAAACUCAACAGUUGGUGUGUGUUGUCUGAAAUGUGAUUUACCUAAUGUUUCAUUGUUGUAUUUUAAAGUCUUUUUGUACAUACUAUCUUAAUAUGUAACAUACUGUAUUGUGUACAUUUGGAAUUGCUUUUGAGUAUAACUAAUAUGAAAAUGACUGGACUUAAAAGACUUGUCCGCCUGAAACCAUUUCCCUCAUGGCUGUGUGCUUUAAAGCAAGGUUAUAUGAUGUAAAUAAACAGAAUUAUGUUUAAAAAUAUA